AUGUCUGAAGCCGUGCUCACCUUACGGCGACUGACAGGUCUGCUUGCUAUGCUUUUCUUGAUCUGUCACGCUCUCUAUUACUUCCUGAUCUCACACUUCAAUCAACCCGAAGUGUUGCAGUUUUCCAUCUGGAGCCUUAAUAUUGAAACAGGUGUCUCCGUUGUGAUCACCUUCAUCGUUCGAUUAUUCUUCACUGUUCGCCUUUGGCACAUGAGCGAGAAGAGCAAAACAAUCGUUGCUCUCAUUUGGGUGACAAUGACUGACACGUUGAUGUUCCUUGGCUUCCAUCUCGUUAUUGCAAAGCUUUACACCAACUCUAUGCUGGCCAUGCUCAACGGUCGCAAAUCUCUGCGGGACCAGUUUGAUGGUCAAAUGAUUGAAGCUAGCACGCUCAUCAUAGCGCCUCAAACAAGUGACGUGCAAACAACCGAUAUCAUGCUCGAUUCGAGCCUAUCUCUCUCUCCUCACGAAAUCAAGCGCUCCCUGCCCCACGUAGACACCACAAUUCUGACUCAACGACAUGUUAUCGAUCACUCGCUCCUGGCAGCCGUGGACAGUCCUACCGUUGCUACGACCACAGACACAUUCGUCAGCUCUGAUGCAGAUUCGCCUUCAACUAUAUCUGUAUCACAUCGCGCCCAGCUACCAGAAGAGUCACCGGUCGGUCUGGCGGUGUAG